UGCCUGUUUGUUAUUACAAAUCAUUGUAUGUACCUCAAAUUUUUACUGUAAUAGGCUUUAUGGGGGUAACUACGGGUUGUACUUAAAGUAGGAUGCUCUUAACCUGGGACUGCCUGUACAACAGUUUAUCUCUCUUUGCUGCUUUUUUGGAUUCAGUUUAUCAGCCCUCCUGACUUUACUAAAUUUUAUAAACCAGCAAUCUGAUUUCCUAUAGUAUCUAGUAUUUAGGUUAUAGUGUAGCUUUACAUCCUUUUACAUUUUGGGGAGGAUUACAUAAGAGCAUCAAGGACACCCAGUGGAUGAAAGCAUUAGAAACAUGAUGUGAGGUCCACCACAGAUUGGAAAACCAAAAGAAAGGCAAAACAGUCUGAAAAGAAAGGACCUUUCAUCUUCCCCUUCCUCAGUCCCCAGCUUCAGUCCAGAUAGCACAGCGAAUGGGACCUUCUGUGCAAGGAAGAAAGAUGAUAAAUUCAAGGAGCAGUGUGCUUCUUGACUUGGGAGCAGAGCAUGAGCCUUUUGUGUAAGUAAUGACUGUGGGCUUCCCUAGAUAAUCAGGGGAGGAAUAAAAUGGAGACUGAGGGAACUGAGUUGUGAAGAUUUGUAUGGUUAGACGUUCCCUCUCACUCUAUCUCUUAGAAAUCUGAUUGUGGUCACUGGUAAGAUGGUAAAGCAUCUCAACAGUUAAAACAACUUAGUACCCAGAAAUUUGGUACUUGUGUUUAUUUUGGGGGCGGAAAUGAACAUUAGAAAGUGAUGGGAGUAGAAAUCGGCUGGCUUUCUUAAAAAUCUCUGUGUGCAUUUUGGCCGAAGGGAUUUGAAAUCAAUACCUCUGAUAAAUCCUUGUUUUGAGCUCUGAGUAGCCGAACAUUUCUCAUCCUCUUUCUCCUUAUAUUUAGGGUUAAGGAAAGCAUCAAGAAUGAAAAACAAGCAGUAUCUUUCUUGCUUAGUCAGUUUCUAUCUUUAACAAGUUAAAGUGGAUUUUGUUCUGAAAACUGCACAGAUUUGGUAGACUGAAAUGGAAAAGUUGCUGGCCUGGAGACCCUGGUCCUGGGUGUACCAUUCUCUAGCCCUGUGUGUGUAUUUUAACUACUUAAAUAAUGAAGUAUUAUGAACUACUUAGAUAUAAAUAUUUCAGCAAAUAACCUACGUUCCCAGCACCCAGUGGAAGAAAUGAAACAUUACCAACACAGUGGAAGCUUUUUAUCCCCCUCCUUUCUCUCAGACAACCAUGUAAUAUUUUAGGAAGGUCAGCUUUAACCUCCUCACGUGGUGUUAGCAUCUAUAAUGGGAGAAUGAUAGCUGCCUUACUUAGCUCACAAGGUUGUCCUGAGCAUCAAAUGAGAAGUAUGCAUGAAAGCACUUGGAAAAUCCCAAGAUGUUGGAUAAAGGAAUAAUUCUGCUAAAGAGCUGUUGUAGUAGUGUCUUAUGCUGGUCUGGGUAGCUGUAGCUCAAAUAUUUGGUAAGCAGAAAAGGAAUGGAGUUAACAUUUUCUACAUAUCUUCCAAAGAGAUAAUAUUUCUUGAGGAAAAGUCAGUGUGUCAGAUUCUUCAUAGUUCCUUAGUGUACAUUCAUUCAACAAGUAUUUACUGAGUGCCUGUUAUAUGUCAGGUACCUGCCUACAAUGCCUACAUCUAGGCAUUGAGGAUACAGCAAACAAAACAGGUAAAUUCAUGCCCUGAAAACAAAUAGAAAACAUCUUUGUUACGUGUCAGGUCUGUCCUUGGAUAUUUAGACAUACCUUACUUCCAUCUACAUUUCCUGGCCCUUUAGAUUUAAAUUGAGAAUUGUUUAUAAGGCAGUAUUUGAGUUGAGAUCAGACAGAAAUCUAUUAAAAGUUUAAGGUAUUUAUUUUUCCACAAAUUCACAGUCUGUUGAGGAGAAAUUAAUAGUACCAGGUACCAAGUAAUACUGGCAUUUGUGGUAUAAUUUUCCUUAUUUCAGUCAGAGUUUAGAGAGCUUUCUUCUACCCUGUCAAAGUUUUAAACUUUUAUCCCUUCCUUUGAUUUGUGUCAGGGUGAACCAUUUGAUGUAAAAGACUUGACUCCAUAAUCUACGUCUGCCCUAAUGCUGUCAUCUGGAGUAGAGACUCAGCCAGUUCCACUUGAUUCCUCCAUGUCUGCCGUGGUACAGGAAUUAUACUCUGAACUCCCAGUGAGUGUCUCCAAAGAGCUUCAUGCUGACUCUGAGCCAAGUGGGAUUCCAGAUGUAAAUUCCGGAGCCUCCAGGGCACUUAUAAGUCAGAGUAGGACAUUGCCCUUGGAGCAGCAAAGGACUCAUGUGGAAAGUUGUUGUGAAGAAAACUCUGAGACCUUGGAUGAUGGGGGUGAGCCUGGGCGGUGUGGGCUGGUGGAUUCCACAGCAGGAGGCACUGUGGCUUCUGGCACCUUGGAUAGGGAAGAGAAAACCAAGAGCAUGGAGCUAAAGGUCUUCAGAGAUCAAGGGAACCAGGAAGAAAUUGUAAGAGACCCUUGUGAGGGAGCAAAGGAAGACCAGAGUCAACAUUCCACAGCUGCUGAAGGAAAGAUGAGCCCAAGUCAGGAGGAACUCCUGAUACAAUCAAGGAAAGAGCUUACAUGUGGUGAUCUCCCUGAAGAUUUUCUAAGGAGCAAAGGAAAUGUACAGAUUACAACUGAAACUCUACUAAAAUCCAUUGAAAAAGCACAAGGUAUGAAGGUCAAUGAGACUAAGAUGGAUAAUAAUGAAGGACACAGGCAUGGCAAUGUGAGUAAACGUCUCUCAGCUGGGUGCAGCGAAUACCCAGAAGUAGACAAAAUCAUGACCAGUGGUGAGGUUUCAGAAACCAGCACAUUAGUUUCCCUAGAGCCUUUAACUUUUGUGGACCCUGGAUUAACAGAAACAACUUCUAAAGAAAAAGAACAUGAAGAAUUAAAACUUUGUCCUUCUUCAUUGUCAUUAUUACCAGGGACCAGUGACAUUUCCAAAGUGGACAAUGGGAAGGAAGAGUUAUGUAAAUUAAACCUUGUCUCUGAAGCAGAUGACAAUCACCAACAGAUUCUUGUCCACCAUAAUGAAAAAAACAGUUCUGCAUGUGACAGCCCCAUGACCACGAGAAGUGUAGUUGUUGUAGAACCCUUGGAAGAAGAUUAUAAAGUUUCAUAUUUCACAUCAAACUUGUCUAAUCUAGAAUCCAGAACAACAUCUCUAGAACAAUGUGAUUUGGAAGGUGAUGGCUUGAUGAAGGGAUCUACUGAAAAGACAGAUACUUCCUGUUUUGAUCAGGACGAUCAAAGCAAGAACUUGACCUCCAGAGAGGAAAAUGAAGAACAGCUUUUGAGCCCUGGGAGUGAAAGGGGAGAAUGCUCUCCUUUUAAUUCCAGUCAGCCAGAAGAGUAUGCUAGUGGUCAUCAUUCUGGCUGUUCUUGUGAAAAAGAGACUGUUGGCUCCCUAAAAGAAAAUACCCUCCUCGAUAACCGUUACAUUCAAGGCGGUAUCUAUACAGAGAGCUUUUGUUCUUUAAUGCCCAAUUCUUUUACUGAAACCACAGAGGUAAUGUCAAAAGAAAAUAAUUUGAGAAUCACUUCAGACACUCAAGGAAGCUUUACAAACUAUGAGGACCGAGAAACUUUUGCUAAUAUUAACCAUUCAGGCAACAACUACGAAGAAAACAGUAUUUCCUCGUUGAUGCAGAUUGAAGAGCCAGAACGGACAACCACUAUAGAUCCCAGUAUAUUAAGUGAAAAGAUUUACAGUAAAGACUCGAACUCCUUAGUCAAUAUCAAGAGGAAUUUGGAAAACAACACCCAGUUAAAUGAAAGAUUGUGUAGUGGAUUUCUGUUUAAAAGAAAAUCGCCUUUGAAUAUACUGCCAGAGGACCAGAUAAGUCCUAUAAAUGAGAUGUCAAAACUCAAGUAUGAUACUGUUCAGUUUCCAUCAUCCCCAGAAUUAGAUUACAGACCUGAGUCAGAAAAAACUGUAUGGACCUCACAUGAUGAUAUUCCACAUUCAGAUGAACAGAGCAUUCCUUGUGAGGUGAAUGAACUUUCUUAUACUGAUGAACUAGUUGUAAACAAAGUAGAAAGUGAAUGUGUUUUAAAUCAACAAGUGUCCCUUAAUUCUCGAGACCACGUGAAGUUGCCAGCUGACUCCCUACUAAAUAUAAACAAAGAGAUGCCUAGAGCAAGAAGUGAGAAUUUCCAACAGAGCCAUCACCCUCCAUUUGAGGAUAGAGCAGACAUCAUCGCUAAUACCCAAACCAUUCCCAUUAAGACUAGAAUGAAAGACAUCUGUCCACCAGGUGACAAAACCUGCAGUGCCUCUUCAAACAGUUCCACCUUAAACAUCAAACCAGGAAGCCUAGAAAGAAAGAAACAAGCAGCUGAUUCAGGCAUGGAAGAUCUGCAUUCCAGGCUUCUCUCAAGUAAGAAUGAAGCAGCUGGCUUUCCUCAAGAGGUUGCUGUCAUGGAAUGUCAAAAUGUUCAAUCUCAGGAUAAAACUAGCAGCCAUUGUGUAAGUAAAAAUGCAUCGGAAGAGGGCAUAUGUUCUGCUUCUGCUGCUUUUGAGUCCAGCAAAAUCAUUCUGGAAGUUGAAAAUUCUUUUGUAACAAAAUGUGAAAAUGCAUUUCAGCAUAGCGAUCACCACCACUCCCAAGGAAUAGAAAACUCCACGGAAAGUAGUGCCCAUAAACUGAGUUACGCAUCAGAGGAAAGUGAACUUGAUGGGAGAGAAACUAAAGAUAGCCUUCAAGAAGAUCAGAUCAGAGAGAAAAUGACAGUAGGCGCAUUAAGUAAUGGAGCCCCAGUCAAAACCAUUUGUAUCACCAGUCACAUCAGACAUAGUGAGGAAGGGCUAGAAGGAAAGGGACAGGAUUCACCCAAAGAGACUGUAUUUUGUAAGUAUGACAUCUCUGAUUGUGCUACACAAGGACUAAACCAAUCUGCAAACAUUCCAAGUCCUGAAAAAUUGUUGGACCAGUCUCCUAAUGUUAUGUUCUCCAGUUUUAAAAGCAUGAACCAGGCAGAAGAAACUCUUUAUAAGAAGGCAGAUGAAGUCCUUGACUGCCAGAGUAACCUAAACAGACCAGAUGAAUGGAGAAGUGAAGAUAAACCAGCUAAGGAGACACAAGACAGUGACCAGAGAGAGACCAUUACAGAGCCUAGCAAAGAACUAAGCCACAACCAAAAGGAUCUGAUGGCUGGUUCAGGCAAUAAUAACCCAUCAUCUUGUGAUGGUGCAAAGAAAGACGAUUUUAAAGGAGCCUUUGAAAAUAUUCUUGGCUGUAAAGACUUCUCAAACAGCAUGGUAGACACCGUCUACACAGACUGUACUAGUAAACCUGCAGAAGGAGUGCUGGAUGAAAAGACAUGUAGUACACUUCAUAGCAGUGCAGGGCAAGAUAAACGAGCAUUACCUGAAACCUCAAGGAGUGCCCUGUUUCAGAGAGGAGAACUGAAUGCUGGAUUUGUAAGAAAGAUUGACCAGAACCCAGAUUUCCCCAAGGCUACUUCCUCUGCAGUGGAAUCUCUUGAAUUAAAAAAGUUAUGUGAAGAGAAAAUAUGCAGAUCUUUAAAAGAUUGUGAAAUGGACUUGUGUACAGAUUCUUGUGCCCAUGAGGUACAGUCUGUUGCAGAUCGUGAACCAAAUAUAAGAGUAUUGGGUAGAAUAAAUGUGUCUUUAAAUUAUAUUCAUCCUGAACAGCAAGUUAAAGGAGCAUCUCUGAGAGAACCGCAAGUAAUGGAUAAAGGAUCAGGACUAGAAAUAAAUUCUGUGUCUGAUGAGGAAAAUUCCUUUGCAAUUUCUCCAAAAGAGGCAAUGUCUUCUAGAUGCCAAGAUGAAAACUCUGCUCCCCCAGGGAGCCUACACUCCACUGAGAGACUGCCUUUGUAUCUGUCUUCUCAAGAAAAUUCAGAAACUAAUGUUAAUAAUACCUUGGGUGGAGAAACUUACUCAAAAAAUCUUUUUAAAUCAAAAGAUGGUGAAAUACUUUGUAAAAAUGUAAAGGACUACACAGUCCUGCCUGAAAUGAAGGAAGAAGCACCAAGGGAUAUUAGUCCUAGUGAAGGAACCAGUGUAUACAUCAGUGUGAAAAAGGAUAUAUCAAAAGUUGGUCACCCUGAUGAGAAUUCCAGCGUUAGACACUUGCCUUUGACAUUGGAAACAGAAGCUAAAGUGAAAAGAGAAGAAAUCGAAGAACACCAGAGGGGACCACUGGGUCACUUAAUUAUUGGGGAGAAAUCUAAAGAGAGGAUAUCCAGAGAAGAUGGUGAUGUUGAUAAUAUGAGCAAGAUUUCUCAGACCCACUUUAAAUGCAACAGAAUACUGGUUGAUGCCGAAGAACAACACAGCCAGAAGGUUUUCUACAACUUGUUGCAGAAGAAAGAGAAGCAUAUACAUCAAAAAGGAGCACAUGCUAUGUUAGAACAAUGCACAUCAUCUAAUAUGUUGUCUGAUGAGGUACAAAAUAAGAACCCACCUAAGGAUUACAAGGAUGAGUUCACCAUGAUGAAGGAAAUCCCCCUAGCAAAGCUGGCCAGGGGUGACAUUGCUGCAUGGUCCCAGAAGUUGAAAGACCCAAAGGUGGAAAGCUUAUAUCAGCCAUUGAAAAAAGAUCUUGAGUUGUCCACAGGCCCUUGCCUUCCUAGCACUCCCCAGAAAGCACAAGAUCCCCGCUCUGCUGGAUGUGAUGAAAUACACAGUGCCUUUGAGAACACUUCGUAUCAGAAAAGUGUGCUUCCCUUAAAGAAGCAGCCCCAUCGAACGUGUAAAAGAGCUUCCUGUCAGGAUCAAGUAAAGGUUGGGAGAAAACUAAGGAAAAUCAGAAGCUCCACCUUUUUAAAGAGUUCCUCAGAAACCAUCCCCACAAAAGAACCUAGACUUCUCAGUUCACAUGCUGUGUCUGUAUCUGUACAAUUGGAAUCUGAAACAGUAAUGCCCAGGAGCUCAACUAGCCACAUACCAAAGCAGAGGGCUGCUCCAUGCCAUGUUUUGAGGAGCCUGAACUUCAGGAAGCCUACCAAAGAAUCAGCCUUACUAAGCAAGCUGUCCAUCCUCGCAUGUAAACUGGCCCCAGCCACAAAGACCCAGAAACUGAGAUACUGGCGUUGUUCCUCUGAACUCCUUCCAAUGGCUAAAAGCUACAAGCGACUCAGAUAUAAAAGGUUCCUGGAUGGAUUUUCAUAUAAUACAAUGCAGCUGAAUCCAUAUUUGGCAGCUAGUAGAUGGGAUAAGAAGCCUAACAGUAACCCCGUGGCACUUUAUCCUCUUGAAGCCAUCAAAAUGAGCUUCAUAGAUUUGAGCAACAAGAUGCCAUCCCUGCUGUUUGGUACCGAAAUCUUUCCAGUAUCCUUUCACAUGAACUCAGGCUCAGAUUGCAUAGCUGAGGCCUUCAGGACUUUCCCUGAGCACUGUGCUCCAGCAAGGCUUGCCUUAGGAGAGGCCCCCAGGUGCCCAUCUCAACCUCCCAAGUGGACGUUUUCUUUCUUCUUCUCACACGGUGGUUCUGGGAUGGCCACAUUCAGGGAAGACACUGGCCUUCAGAGUCAGGCUCACUCCCAGGCUCCUCCAGCUCCUCUCCAAGACUCUGGUGGCACUGCCAUAGUCCAGACCAGAGCAGGUUUCUCUGUUCUUGGCCUUCAUACGCUGCUAGCACUUUGUUCCCCUGGAUGUUACCGGAUCUGGACAAAAAAACGGAGCUUCUCCAGCCACAUGCCUACCAUACAGAGGCUCUUCAUGACACAGUUUACACAGGGCUUGAAAGGGUUAAGGUCUCCAGCGUCCAUAGCAGACAAAGUCUUCUGUUCUCUGCCCUACUCGGUGGGCAGGGUGCUGUCCAUUUGGAGCCAGCAUGGGCCUUCUGCCUGCCCCCUCGAAAUGUCUGCUCUUCAUUCCAAUCACAGCAAGUGGCAGCCAAGCCUGCAGCCAAGCCUGGGCACGACAAGCAGCCACACCAUGUUACCAUAUGUGCCUCUUCCAGGCAUGGAAGCUGUGUAUAGCACCAGAGGCAGUCAGAUGAGGCUAGAGCCUCCAUUCUCUGCCUUGGUACCAAAGUCUUGCUUGGUAACAGAAACAGCUGUCAGCAAGCUCCUGCUUUCAGCCUCUGAGUUCCAAGUUCCUGGAUUUGAUGAGCUGGAUGGCGUGACAGCAGUGUGCCCUCGACCACAGAGCAGUCCUCCAGAACAGAAAGAGGCUGAGCCAGAGAAGAGGCCAAAGAAAGUCUCACAGAUUCGCAUCCGGAAAACUAUUCCUAAACCAGAUCCUAACCUUACCCCCAUGGGCCUCCCUCGACCCAAAAGGUUAAAGAAGAAGGAGUUUAGUUUAGAGGAAAUAUAUACCAACAAAAAUUAUAAGUCCCCUCCUGCAAACAGGUGUUUAGAAACCAUCUUUGAGGAACCUAAGGAACGAAAUGGUACGCUAAUCUCAAUUAGUCAGCAGAAGAGAAAGCGAAUUCUAGAAUUUCAAGAUUUUACGGUCCCGCGAAAGAGGAGAGCUCGCGGUAAAGUCAAGGUGGCAGGCAGCUUUACCAGGGCCCAGAAGGCAGCCCUGCAGAGUCGAGAGCUGGAUGCGCUUUUGAUACAGAAAUUAAUGGAACUGGAGACCUUCUUUGCCAAGGAAGAGGAACAGGAGCAAUCAUCAGGUUGUUGAGAAGCAAUUGAAUUGAGAGGUUUCAGUUCUGGUUUUUUGAACCUUUUUGGAAGAGGUUGCCUAAUUUUGUCCUACCACCCAAACCACUCAAAAUGCCCAGUCCGUGGAUUUUUGCCUAUUUCAAGGUGCAGACUUUUUAGUGACUGGUGAAGGAGGGUCCUCUACUUCUACUGCUGAGUGUAGAACCUCAGGAACGCUCCCUUUCUCCUGGAAAUGGUCCUGAAUGACAACUGACCUCCUCAUCUCCAUCUCUGCCAUCCACAGGAGGAGGAAGCCGUAAAUCUUAAGUAACACUAGGAUUCCAAGGACGCACAUCACUUGCACGUCCAUAUGAAAGUUCUGCAUUGUUUACGGUGGUGCUAGACCAAGACUGAUUAAAAACGGGGCCUAGGGAGGUGGACCAGGUGUCCUGUCCUUUGGGGUCUCACUGGCUCAUUUCAGUAGUUGAGGGAAGAUGAGCUGUUGUAUUUUCCAAUCCUUUGAGUUUGUCUGCCCAGAGCCUGGGAGGGGUGUGUGUGUGUGUGUGUGUGUGUGUGUGUAUGUGUGUAUGUGUGUAUUUGUGUGUGGCUUUUCCCCAUUGUUUCCUCCCCUCUGUAACUGUUUCACUAGUGCCAGAGGAGCCCAUCCAGGCCCCAUUCAAAGUCAGUUGCACUUUUUAAUGUUGUGAUGUUGAUGAUUUUCAUUUGUUUUCUUUUCCUUUUUUGUAUUAUUAUUGCUGCAUGUUUGGAACCUUUAAAUGUGAUUUUAAAACAAUUUUUUUUCUUAAGACAUUGAGGAGAAAAACAGAACAUGUCUUAAGAACCUAUUGUAGGCAUUUGACCCAGUUUUUGGUGCAUGUUAUGGGAUGAUAGACAUUUUCCCAUUGACGUGUUUUAAGCAAUCCCUUCCCCAUCUCUAACUUUUGGUGUAACUCGUUUAGGGGAGCACUUUUUUCAUCUGGUUUCUCAUUCUUGCCCACUAAGUAGAUGUGUUUAUUUUAAUGACAUAAGGAAGAGCAGGUUUCUCUCCCAAUCAUGCUUAAAAAACACUAAGAUUGGGUGUGGUUUUAAUGGGGCUUUAUCUGAAAGAGUGGUGUGUCACAAAGUUGGGUAUAACAGCUUGGGUGAUGACAGAUCCGGCCCUGAGUAUUUGCAGCUGUCAGAGCUGCCUGCUCAGAGGGUGGAAGAGGGGACGAGUGGUGACUCAGAUCCAGUGAUGCAUUCUUGCGUGGGAUCAUGACUUUCCACAGUCAUCUGUCUCUGAGGGUAUGUGACUGUACUCUGGGUUCCUGUGUCAAACCUAUUGGAAAUUAUGUAGAAUACCAGAGUUAGCAAAGUUUCUUUGUUUGUGCCUACAGGAGUCUGGGGGCAGAAGGAUGCUGUGUGGGUCAGAGGCCUGAAGGUCUCAUUCCUUUUCCACUUAAUCCCCCUGUGCCCUCACUCUGCUCCCCUCCUUUCCUUCCCUUGUGUUUUAUCUCUCUCACUCACUCUCAAAAAAAGAGCUCAGAGAGUUAACAUUCCUUGACUGGCAAGGGGGAUGCUGAUGCAGCCUCAGGACAUGGGCCACCUCUUUCUGUCCUCCUGGGAGCCCCUGCUGUGAGGCAGCUGCAGGUGGGAACUGUGAAAGCUCCAGAGACUGGAGCUGGAAAAAGAAUGAGGGUGCUGGCCUGGAAUGUUGGCAUCUCUCAUAGGUAUCUUUUUAUCCCCCAUUUGUUAGUGGGCAGGGACAUAGGGGUGGGGGUGGGGUCUCUGUGUGCCUUUCCUUUGCAGGUUGACAGUCUAUGCCAUGCUGGAGCAACUGACAUGAGCAGAAAAAAGAAGAAAAAAAAACAGUGCCACAUCUGUCUUUUAGGCCCACUGCCUCAGACAUAGUGUUUAGAUAACUGAAAUGUACCCCUGGUAAUCUUUAGAGGCUUCUAAGAUCAUGACCAGUUGGAUUAGAAGAAAGCCAAGUGUCCGCACUGGUUCCUAAUGAUGCUAACCUGAUUCUGCCAUUUUACAGCCGCUUUGCCCAGACUGUAUAGAAUGACCAUGGUUUACCUCGGUACCUCUCCUUUCCUUGGGCAGGGUUCUUAGACACUAAAUGCUUCUCUCUGUCUUUUCACUUCGGGGAGUGGGAUGAGUAAAUACAUCGUGCCCUUGUGCAGACAUUUUAGGGAGCUCUUGCUGGGCAGCUUGCUCACUACCAGGGAAUUGACAUAUCCCUGUGUCCAGCUCCAUUACCAGUACAGACAGGUCAGCAAUGUGACGACCAUGUCAUCCAGCAGACGAGUUGAGGUGGCCGUAACUGUGGUAUCACCAACAUUGCAGAGAUAAUGAUUUCAAGUUUGUUCGUUGUAGGUGUGGCACUUGAAAGGGCCAGGAGCAGUGAUUUGGAGCAUUGGUGUCUGAGAAUGGAGCAUUGGGGGAAAUGGAGACCUGGGCUCUUAGAAACCCUACCAGUCCUUCCUUGUGCUGGGAAAGUAGGAGAGAAUCUGCUCUGAGGCCGACCCUCUCUAUCCCCUUUGCAGUCCAAAAUUAAGAAGGGGCUCCCAUUACAAACUUGAAAUUACUUACCUGAAAUCGACACAUCGGGUUAUAGCUGUGCUCUGCCAUAUCUGUCUUAACUUCCAGUUUAGCCAUUGACCUAACUAGCCAUAGUGCUGUCAGUGGUCCCUCAGUGCCAGGCCUGUUGUGGUGCCUGCCCAUGAGGGGAGAUGUUCGUCACCUGCUGGCAUGCCACCUGCCCAUAGCUACAGGAGGUUUGGUUCUGGAGUGCAAGUUGGUAUGGGGACUUCCCAUCCCAGGUGGUAACUUACUCAACUAUAGCUCACCUCCAGAGGUUUACUGUUUUUAAUAUGGGAAGGAGAGGAGAAAUCUCAGGUCCAAUCAGGGUUCUGCCCAUCAGCUUUUCACUGAAAGUUUUUUUUUAGUUUAUAGCUGUAUUUAGUUUCCCCCGUCCCCUCCUCCUCCUCUUUCUCUCUUUUUUCCUUCUUUUGGUCUUUCUAGCAUCAUUUCUCCAUUAGUUUGAACGUACCUCAUCACCUGUUAAAGCAGAUUAUGUCCAUUUUUUCUUACUGACCUUACUCUUAAGAGCUACAACUGAGGAAGGUACAGUGGAAAGACGUGGCAUUUGCCUUACUCAGAGCCUGAAGAGCUCAGAAACUUAUGCUGUGAAUCCUAAAAUUCAGUGCUCUGCUUAGAGCUGUGAAAAUCAUGAUACUUUGUCACAAUUUUGCCUGAAAGGGUCUUCUGCGUGGGCACCAGAGCCAACCUGAGCUCAAUUCCAGAUCCUGCUCUCUGGGCACCAUACAUGGACCGUGGUUCCUCCCCACCUACCUGACUGAGAGCAGCGAGGAGGGGGCCGAACUGCAGGCACAGAGCUGAGGCUUCGGUGCAGGCUGGUGGGAUACAGAGCCAGUGCUCCAUCUCCAGGCUAGAGUUCCAUCUUUCAUAAUCGAUACCAUGUUCAUUAAGAUCCACGAAAGACCAACUUUUAGGCAGUGAUACUUUUCCCCUGUGGGUAAAGUAUGCAGUUGGUGCUUUCUUUAAUUCCCUUGGAGAUUUUGUUUUGCUUUGUUUUUAUAAGCUUUUCACCUGCUAUCAUGGAAAGGACCUCUUAAAUUCCACAUUGUGGGUGGCUGUAUCCAAAGUAUGAAUAAUUGUCCAGAGGUGUGAAGUAUCCUUUCCUGGAUUCAUGUGAGGAAACGGAUCCAUGCCAGAACUGAACUUAUUUAUUAAGCUGACUAGGGAGAGGCUUAAUUUUACUAAAAUCAAAGUUUAAUAUUACCAUCUAUCCACAAAUUGAGCAGCAAAGCUAUUUUGACUAUAAAGUGGGGGUCGCUAUAUAGCUCACCGUCUAGCACAGCAUACUCUCAAAUUUGAUCCUUGUUAAUUGUGUAUUUUCACAAUUCCCUCUCUGGUGCUGAACUGGAUUUGAAUUCCUGGUGAGAGACCUCAGCAUCUCCUUGGGCUGGUCUGGGCCAGUAGAUUGCUGCCUGAAGUGUUUAUAUAUUAUCAUGGUCAAUAGUUCAGUGAAAUUUGUACAUUUUUAGUAACAUUGGCAUACAUGAUGCCCCUGCAAUUUCUUUUCUGUUUGGUAGUUUGUGACGCUAAAAUUCCCACUGUUAUGUGUGUUAAUUUAUGAAAAUAAAAAUUUUUUAAACCUUUCAGAUAACUUUCCAGGAUAGUGCUUUAUUCUGAUGGCUUGAUAAUCCGUUAAAAUUUAACCUGAAGUGUUAUAAGGUUCUUUUUUACAGAUGUUACAAACUUAUAUGUCACAACAAGCAUUACUCCUUCCAAAGUAGUCACCAUUUUCUGAGGACUGCCCUGUGCUCAGAAUGCAUGUAGAACCUCACACUUAGAAUGGCCAUCAGAGCUUGCGGUGGAGCUUUCUGAAUUUAUCCAGUGGUGGCAACUUAUCUUUUGUGAAAGAGUUUCAUAUUUGGAAACAAAAGUCAUUCAGAUCCAAUCAUACCUGAUUAAGUUGGGUAAUAUUGCUAAGCAAAUAUUUUAUGUGUGAUUUUUAAAUGGUGCAACUUAUUUUUUCACAUAGCUGGGGAAUUACAGAGUAGUUAUAAAUUCAGGUCAAAAUAUAUUUCAGCUAUAACAACAUAAUUAGAAUAGGUGCCUAGCUUGC